CGUAGGAGCUGGCAGUGUUGAGCCUCAGAAGAAGAGAGGCUGCAAAAGCUUGAAAAAGCAGGUUUUUGAGAAAUGGUUCUCAGGAGGCCCACCAUCAUAGCUGUGGUUGCCGUUCGCAAGAAGACUUUUCAAAGAAGAAGUAAAGUUGUUGUUUGGCUGCCAUUUCUUUUGCUUCCCUGGACUCUCCAUCUGGAACGAUUCACUCUACACCUGAAAACUGACAGAUACUUUUAAAAUCUUGUGUGACCCAAACAUGGAAAAGCAUCUGAAGAAUAUUAUUGUGGUUUCAUUUGGAUUUUUGUUUCUAUUUACUGCUUACGGAGGGCUCCAGAGCCUGCAGAGCAGCCUUAAUGCUGAACAUGGCCUGGGUGUUGCCUCUCUGAGUGUCAUCUAUUCAUCUCUUAUCAUCUCCUCCAUGUUUCUCCCACCGAUCCUCAUUAAGAAGUUUGGAUGCAAGUGGACCCUGGUGGGCUCCAUGUGCUGCUACAUUACAUUCUCGUUGGGCAACUUCUACGCUAGCUGGUACACACUGAUCCCCACAUCUAUGAUCUUGGGGUUGGGAGGAGCACCACUCUGGUCAGCCAAGUGUUCAUAUCUCACAAUUGCUGGCAAUUCAUAUGCUCAGAAAGCGGGGAAAAUCAAAAGAGAUGUUAUCAACCAGUAUUUUGGAAUCUUCUUUCUGAUAUUUCAGUCCUCUGGAGUAUGGGGAAAUCUUAUAUCAUCCCUAGUAUUUGAACAUACUCCUAACAAAGGGAACAUCUCAGAAGCAGAUCUGGCAUGCUGUGGUGCAGAAGACUGCAUGGCAACAAAUGCUACAAAUGGCGAUGUGGCUUCAAAAAGACCAUCUGUUACCUUGAUCUACACUCUUCUGGGAAUCUAUACAGGUAGCGGGGUGCUAGCUGUGUUGCUAGUCGCUGGAUUUUUGGAUCAGAUCACAGAUGACCAAGCAGAGAGUGACAAAAAGAAGUCUUCUUUUGGUUUCACUUUCUUGGCAACAUUCUGGCAUCUUAAAGACAAACGCCAGUGUCUUCUGAUUCCUUUGACCAUGUACAGUGGGAUUGAACAAGGAUUCCUUGCUAGUGAUUAUACCAAGUCCUACGUGACCUGUGCCCUUGGGAUAAAUUUUGUCGGCUAUGUAAUGAUCUGCUUUUCAGGUGCAAAUUCACUCUGCUCCAUGCUCUUUGGAAAGAUUUCCCAAUUCACUGGCAGGAAAGUCCUAUUUGCACUGGGUGGAAUUCUCAAUGUUGCCUGCAUAAUAGCACUGUUGCUCUGGAAACCUAACCCAAAUCACCUUGCUGCAUUCUUCAUAUUACCUGCCCUCUGGGGUGUGGCUGAUGCUAUCUGGCAGACGCAGACCAAUGCUCUCUAUGGAGUUUUAUUUGAAAAACACAAGGAGGCUGCCUUUGCUAAUUAUCGCCUGUGGGAGUCACUGGGCUUUGUCAUAGCCUUUGGUUACAGCACGUUCUUACAGGUCAGCAUCAAACUGUAUAUUGUAUUGGCUUUACUGGUGGUGUCCUUGAUCUUCUAUGGAGUAGUCGAGUACCUGGAAUCAAAGUCAUCUCCUGAAACACCUAAUACUUCAAAGCAGGAGCCAAUCACACUGACACAAAAUCCUCAGGAAACCAGAUUAUAACGCAGCAAAGUAAACCUAUGCAAGGCAAGACAAACAGCCCAGUCAAAAUGUGCCCAAUUUUGCACAUGUGUGUUUUCAUUGGCUUCCAGAAAGUAGUGCUGAUACGGAAAAGGGCAGCAUGUGACAGGACUGGUGGCACAGGUGGCUUUUCAAAAGACUCAAGACCAAGAAAGGAUAUAAAGGAACAGAUACCAUGAUUUGUGCAAUAUGUAAAGCGAUUUUUUCCCCCAAAUUUUUUGAAUUGUUGCAAAAUGUAAAAAGGAAUUUAUUUUCAGGCAAUGCAAUAAGGUCUUCACUCAAGACCUUACAAACUAUGGACUUUCUCCAUGUUAAUCCUCUUGCUUCUAAUAACGAUGUUUUAAAAAUUGUAUUUGAUGUUUUAAGAAAAAUGUUUUGGAAAAAAUAAUAUAAAAAUGUUUAUUUCUGACUAAAUCACUUGUACCAACAUAGAAAAUACAAACUGACUGACUCAACUGGAUGCAGGUUUACCACUCCCCUCAACUGAAGUAAAUAGGAACAAACAGUGUUUUCUCUGUCUCCUAGUCAAUGUGCCACAUUUUCAAAGGUUGUGUUUCCAUGUUCCAUCUAGCAUUUAAUCUGUACCCUUGGCUUGUAAUCCUGUGGUCCCUGUGGUGAAAAAGGAAAGGUACUGCCUUCAAGUCGAUUCUGACUUAUGGCGACCCUAUGAAUAGGGUUUUCAUGGUA